AGUAGUCGCAUCUUUAAAAUUUAUUAUUCAGUAAUGACAUGGCAUAAGUCAGACUUAAUAUAAUGUAAUAUCGUAGUCUUUAGUGGGAGGGUUAUUAUCACUUAUAUAGUUAUCUGUAUAUGACAGGUACAUAUCCGGUCGUCCCUCUGUGAUGAAAGAUAAAGUUUGUCAACUUCUACAAAGUUUGUAGAUUUUGCAUCUUUGAUAAAAAAUGAUAUAAUGAAUUGUAGUAUUUUAGCUUAUAAUAUAUUAAAUAAUUCAAGAGCAAUUUUUGACUGAGGUGGAUUAGAUUUGUAAAUUGAUAUUGUAACGUUGAAGAUUUGCCAAAUGUUAUCCAAAUACUAUUGUAAAAAUACAUCUUGUUAUGUUAACUUUUAGAACUGAUAAUUUUAUGAAGUGGCUUCAUUUUAUUAAAAUGUCAUGAAAAUGAUAAUAUUAACGGAGUACAGUCCCUUCCGUUUUCAUGGUUGAUAUAACUGAAGAUUCCAUUUAAUUACAUGUAAUUGAAAUUUUCAGUAACCGGUGUAUGCAACUAACCGGAUAAGAAUAAAAGAGCACUGAUAUUAUACAUUCCCCCAACAUAAGAUUAGACUAUAAUUUAAACUUCGAUAGUCUGUAAAGCUUUACCUGCCCUUUAUAGCACAUGUGAUACACGGGACAUAUUUUCUUAGCGUACAUGCAUCAUAUACGGUACACAUCCUUUCUAUUUUCAUUUUUUUUCUUCUCUUUCUAUUUAUUUUUUCACCACGAGUGUAACUUGGGACUUUAUGAAGGCAAAGCUUUAUAUUACUGAGAACAUACAAAACAAAGUUUAACUAAAAGUUUUAAAACAAGCAUGAACGUUUAGAAUAAACUAAUGCCUGGUCAGGCAAGGGAUUAAUUACGAAUAACUUGUAAAUAUUUUUUGUAAGUUAUUUGUAAACAUGAAAUAUUGAAUACUGUCAUUGUAUCACACGAUGAAAACAGAAGUUUUCUGAAACAGUGGUAUGCAAUUACCAUAUUCUACUAGCAGUUUCUCUUAUUUAUGUAUUAACAAAAAUACUGUAGACGCUCUUCAUUUUGCUUGUGUUGGUUACUUAAUUGUAUUUUAUGGGAAAGCUAGCGAAAGUUUUUAGUGGGAGAAAUUUUUUUCAGCAACAAAGACUUGGAAUCGAUAACUUUUCAUAUUAGUAGAAAAUCAUGAUUUGGUAUGGGAGUGCUAUAGUUGAUUCAAUAAGUCCUAAUGUAUAACUGGUACUUAUUCUAUCGACCAAUGUGUAUUAGAAAUAAUAUCUACUAUGUUGUGGUUUGAACUUAAAAUGCAGAUGAUAGAAGAAGUGGGUAAACAGUUGCAAGGCAUGUAACUGCUCUCUCUCUCUCUCUCUCUCUCUCUCUCACACACACACACACACACACUUUCUGUCUGUCUUGUUUCUCUGUUUCUCUAUCUCUGUCUGCCUGUCUGUCUAUCUGUCUUCGUCUGUCUCUGUCUGUCUAUCUCUGUCUGUCUGUCUCUCUGUCUGUCUGUCUCUCUCUCUCUCUCUCUCUCUCUCAAUCUCUCUCAAUCUCUCAAAUAAUAAUUUGUUACAUUGGCACAAGGGCAUACGUUUCAGUUAAAGAGAUAUCUUCCACCAAAUUUACUGUCAGUGUUGUAUAGGCCUCGAAAGCAUGAAAACGUUGGGAUUUUAGUUCACAAUGCUAUGGGAGUCUAUCUAAAUAUUGCAAAACCACAACUAAUUCUGCCAUCCAUUCUUCGUAAAGGAAACAAAUUUAUCUAGCAUUGGCUGAUAGGGAUCCUGUGGCAUUAACCAACAUUAGUACUUGAUUUGUAUUAUUUUAUCGAUCAUGGAAGAAUAGAAAGUUGACUUCAGUAAGAUCUGAACUCACUGCUCAUUACUAUAAAGCUUUUUUUGUCCAUUGUUAUAUCAUUGCUGCUAUCCACCGCCCUAAAUUACACCAAUAAUUAAGCAACACAAUAAUGUAAUUUAGUUCAGAAUAAUUGUUGCGUUUUAGAAGCCUGGUGCGAUUAGGUAAAAUAUGGCAAAUGAGAUGUAUUUAUGGGCUAAUUGAAGGUUCUAAAUACUGAGAAAUUGGGUAGAGUUGCUGAUUGCAAUUUUGACUUAUUUUAUUAUGCAUUGCGAGAAGGUUAAUUACUGUUAUAGUGGGGGAAGAAGGGUGCCAAUUCUUGGUUGAGCUUCAGUAACUAUAAAUACGGCUGCGUUAAAGAAUUCAACAGACCAACUUGAAGAAGAUGGUGACUCAAGCAGGAAUAGAUCAAGAAAAGGGUGCGGUUGGUGGAGCGGAAAAAUCGGAGGAAGAACAAAGCGAUAAUGGUGAAAGAAAAUAUAUUCGUAAAAUUGAAAAUCUCAGCAUACAAAGAAAAAGCAGGCUGGACAGUGUGUUGGGAAGUUUUGCAACUUAUGCUCGCUUGAAAGGGCGCUACGACGAUGACUGGAUCGACCGGUUAAAUCACCUUUACACGACAAUAAUAUUUAUUAUUUUCACAAUUGUUGUGAGCACCAAGCAGUAUGUUGGGGAACCGAUUCACUGCUGGUGUCCUGCACAGUUUACUUCCGGACACAGGGAUUAUGCCAAUAACGUGUGUUGGAUAUCAAACACGUACUACGUUCCUUUUGAGGAGCGAAUACCUUUGCACCGGGAGGGAAAACAGCAAAAGGAGAUCGGAUAUUAUCAAUGGGUUCCCAUGAUCCUUCUCUUCCAAGCCUUGUUAUUUAAAGUUCCUUGUAUAUUGUGGAGGAUCCUUGGUGCUUCCGGAGGCGUAAACCUGGAUAAGAUUGUUACGUUAGCAGCCGACACCCAAUUUGUGGCUCCUGAAGAUCGAGAGAGAACUAUCAAACAUAUAGUCCGAUAUAUGGACCGCUGGCUUGAAAACGCCAGGGAAUAUCGAUCGGGCUGCCUCAUACGAAUGCGCCAGACUCUAUCGAAAUACUGUUGCAUUGUGUGGGGGAAACGCUAUGGAAAUUACCUCUUUAUUAUCUACAUGGUUAUCAAGAUUUUUUACAUGGGAAAUGCUGUAGGCCAGCUUUUCAUUUUGAAUGAAUUUUUAGGCACAAACUAUAAUCUGUACGGAUUUGAAGUCCUGAGUCACUUAGCCAAUGGAGAUGACUGGACGGAGUCUCCUAGAUUCCCACGUGUGACGAUGUGUGACUUUGAAAUUCGCCAGAUGCAAAAUGUUCAUAAAUACACUGUACAGUGUGUGCUACCCAUCAACCUAUUCAAUGAGAAGAUUUUUAUUUUCAUUUGGUUCUGGUUAGUGUUUGUUUCAACCUUUAGUGCCGGCAAUUUUCUGAUAUGGUUUUAUGCAAUGGUAUUCCGCCAACACCGUAUUAGAUAUCUGAAAAAGUUCCUGAGAGUGAACGAAUGUUACAAGACAGAACUGGAUAAAAAAAUGGCGGUGAAAUUCGCGGAUCAAUACUUAAGGCAUGAUGGGAUAUUUGUUUUGAGACUUGUAGGCAAAAACGCCAAUGACGUGCUGGUAUCCGAGCUUGUUCUUCAACUGUGGAACCAUUACCGGAACAAGCCACUUUUUCGGCACGCCAACCCCAUUAGCGACGACAACAGUAACGUCUGACUAGCCGUCAGGCACCUUAUCAAAUUUCUUCAACUCAAACAACACUCACGUUUGUUACGCCUGCUAUGGCCCGUGGAGGCCGAACACGGUGUCCUUUUAUCAGGAAGGGCACUCAAAGGACAGCGACAACAACAGAUAUGUCGCGAGUCAAACGAAAUUCGGCUGGGGUAUUGCCAAGGCAACACAACUAGCUGCGGACAGCCCAAAAAAACUAUACCAAAAUAAAUUUUUAAAAACAUCCAAAGUGUUUUAAACUAACAGAUUAAUAGAAUGAAAGUUAAUUUUUUGUUUAUUAACUUUAGUCAUAGGAUUAAGAAACCAUUUCAAAUAAAUAAGGCUGGGUGAGUCUUCAUUCCAUAAAGAUACUGGCAACUGAAGCUACGUAAACAUUUUUCUCCUCUUAAUACAUACAUAACAAAACAGAUUAGGAAAAAAAUCUAGAGUUGAUUUGCUUCACUGGAUUGAUUAAACCAUAAACGUAGAAUAUUAUUCUUGUAAUAAAAAUAUCAUCAAGUAAAAAUUCUGCCAAAUAUUUGGUUGGUUACUCAGGACAAGAAUGUUAAGGUCUAGAGAAAGAGAAUAUACAAUAGGCAAGUGAAAUGGAAAGGAAGUUAAUAGGCAUCAAAUGAACAGUAAAAGAUAUGAAAAAUAAUCAUUAUAUACGGUUAGUAAUAUCAGAUUAACACUGUGACUGAGACAUAAACAAACAUGAACAUACACAUACAUUGAUAGAACAUUAGGUCUUAAAGAGAAACUUCCUAUCUGUAAUGACGGUCAGCAUAAUACACUAUAAGAACACCAAUUGCACAAAUAGUACAAGACCAAACAUAUAAGUGUUGAAGAGAAGUCACAACAGAAAGAUCAUGUUUUCUUACAUGUUUCUGACUCAAUCUAUAAUGGGGCAAUGUAGGGAAAUUAUAAAUAAUGCAAACUACUACUACUAUUACUACCACUACCACUAUUACAUACCAGCACCAUACAUACAACAACUAUUCUUACUAUUACUACUGCUACUACUACUAGUAUUGCUGCUGCUGCUACAACAAACAACAACAUUAUUAGCAAUCUUACAGGAUGUCUUAAUGACAAUUUUGAAGUUAAUUUCAUAAUUGAAUUAAGACUAGUUUUUUCUUUGUCUUAGUUUAAGAUUUGGUUUCAACUGUCUCACUCCCAAAUAAACUCAUACAAAUGCACACACAUUCAUAUAUACAUAUUGCGCGUGUGUAUGUAUAUAUAUAUAUAUAUAUAUAUAUAUAUAUAUAUAUAUAUUACCCAUGUAUAUGUAUACAUUAUAAAGAAAUGCAUGCAAAUAUGCAUAAUAAAUAACAAAUUCCUAUUAUUAAUGAUCAUCUGUUACUAAACGCUAUGUCAGUAGAUAUGAACAUGUAGCCAUUGCAUGUACAUAGAUAUAUUUCACUUCGAUUAAAAAUAUAAAUACAAAAAACACAAAAACACACACACAAAGGCAUAUAUAUAUAUAUAUAUAUAUUCAAUUACACACACACACACGUAUAGAUCCAUAUACACACACACAAAUAUAUAUAUAUAUACACAUAUAUAUUAUAUAUGCAUAUAUAUGUAUGUGGUGUGGACCUCUGCGC